AAACGAUCGAAAUAAUCGCAGUGAACAUCCAAGACCCGUUCAAUUCUCGCCCAGUUUUGAAAUACCACGCCAAGGCAGCGGGGUUGUUCGAAACCUUCUCCUCACUCACUGUCCUCACCAACUCGAUCCAAGCUUAUCCGAACAUGGCAGCAAUCAACCCCUCUGCGAUCGAAACUCUGCGCAGUCGACUGACUACCGCAACUGUCCUUACUUCUGACUCAGAUGGAUAUCAGGACAGCCUUAUCCGAUGGUCUGAUACGGGAAGGAAGCAAGCAGGAGUGGUGGUCCAGCCAGUGGAUGUCGUAGACAUUCAAUCCGCUGUUCUCUGGGCGCAGGAACACUCGGUUGACCUCGCCGUGAAAGGAGGCGGGCAUUCUACGGCUGGAACCAGCUCGAGCGAGGGUGGCUUGGUUAUCGAUCUCUCACGAAUGACGCAUGUCUCCGUCGACACCUCCAGCAAAACCGUCACAGCCCAGGGUGGUGCCACCUGGAAGGAAGUUGAUGCGGCUGGUGCAGCUCAUGGUCUGGCGACCGUUGGAGGAACUGUGAAUCACACUGGCAUCGGUGGUCUGACCCUCGGUGGGGGUUAUGGCUGGCUUAGUGGACAAUAUGGCCUCACAAUUGACAAUCUUCGGUCGGCUCGAGUGGUGCUGGCCGACGGCAGCCUGGUGACAGCCUCGGAAACCCAGCAUCCCGAUUUAUUCUGGGGAUUACGGGGUGCGGGUUAUAAUUUUGGAGUCGUGGUGGAAUUCACUUACCAGGCAUACGAUCAGAGUCCACGAGUAUAUUCAGGAAUCCUUGGGUUCUCACCCGACAAGCUGGAGAAGGUCAUUGAACAGUUGAACGGCACGUUGGCAAACCCUGAUGAACGGUCGGGAGCGAUGUGCAUCUUCGCUCAUGGGCCCGGUGGAUCGGGCCCCAUGAUUAUUGUGAUCUGUUUCUACAAUGGCACUCGCGAAGAGGGACAAAAGCGAUUUACUGGGUUUUUGGCUUUAGAGCCCUUCUUGAACACCGUUGACAUGAUCCCUUACUCGAUGGUGAAUACCUUGCAGAACCCUCAAGCCACGUAUGGUGAUCGCAAGUCUUUCAAGGGAAUCUUCUACGAGCCUCCACUGGACCCCCAUUUCAUGCAAAGUGUAUUUGAUGGGUUCAUGACCAAGCUCCAGACAGACCAGGAUCUCAUGCCCUCCGCCAUUAUUCUUGAGUUUAUCGAUAUGCGCAAGAUCUGCGAGACGCCCCUGCCUGCCACGGCCUUUGCAAGCCGCAACAUGACUCAGAAUGGUAUUCUGUACCUACGCUGGACCGAUUCAUCGAAGGAUCUGGAACAUCGUACCUGGGCGCGUAGUGUUCAGGCGAAAUGGAAGGCCGAGUUGGAGGCGAGGAAGAAAGUCCUGCAGACUGAGAAUGAUGUGCCUCAGUAUAUCAACUACGCCGAACCUGGCGACUCCGUCGUGACUAACAUCUAUGGCGAAAACUUGGCUCGCCUUCAAUCAGUUAAGGCCGAGUACGACCCAAACAAUGUGUUCCAUAAGAUGCACCCUAUUCCAUUAUCCACUGGAGAUGACUUGAAGGAGUGAAGACUUCGGGCUUUGUUCUUAUGCAUCAGCUCGCAUUGCUGGUAUUUUCCUUGUUCUUAUUGCGCUUAGGACACCGAAAACAGAAUUGAUUAUCUUUACUCUGGG